GUCUUGGAUGAAUCGGCUUUUCCGGUUUUCAAGCAGCGCCCAUACUCGCGGCCAUCAUCCUGUUGCUCUCUUGCUGCCCUCAUUUCUUGCUGGGAUCGCCACCUUCGCUCCGCCAAGUCCUUCCCUGCUAAGGGCCGCCGCUGAGCCAAUGUGGGUGCCCACAAGCGCUCGAAGAUUGGACGAAACAGAGAAGCGAGUGCUUGACGAGUCUGUUCAUGGACAAGGUCAGGAGGAGAGGAUUUCAUGGGUGCUGCGCUGGCAAGCAGCGAUGCUGUCUUCUGUGCGUGUGUGUGCAGGCCACGUGACUUAUUUGAGGAAACCGACAGCCAUUGUCCACCGCGGCGAAGAUCACCACAUCCAUACUGUCACAUACUCAGCGGGCAAGCCCAGUGACAGUCCUCCGCCUGACUCGCCUGCCAGUGGCUCAGAGAGCACCAGCAGCUCCUCGGAGGGCAGGGCCAGCUUCCCUGUUGUCUUCUGCCACGGCUAUGGAGGCGGCUGCGGCUCCUUCGCGAGAGUUAUGGCCAAGAUGGUGCGCGACCAUUCGCACCUGACAUGCCAUGCCAUCGACUGGCUGGGCUUCGGGCGAUCCUCACGGCCUUCCUUCCGCUUCGACAAGGACAAACCGCUCGACUGUGCGGCGGAGUUCGUCGGUCAGUGAGUGCAUCCAUCACGCCGUCUUUUUCGUUGGAUGCUCACUCACUUCAUGCGCUGGUGUUGGUGCUGCUGGUGUGUUGCUGUAUGUAUCAGAGUCUCUGGAGGCCUGGCGGAGAGAGAAGGCAAUCGACAAGAUGGUCUUGUGCGGUCAUUCGAUGGGGGGCUAUCUCGCGGCAGGUAGGAGCAAGAAACCGACGCUGACUGACGAUCCUAUCGGCGAUCAGCGAUCAGUGUUCUGAGUUGAAUUAAUGUGUGUGUCUUUGUCUCUUUGUGUCUUGGCUUGAUAGUGUACGCGUCGCGGUACCCACAUCGUGUCCACAAGCUCAUCCUCGCCUCGACAGUUGGUGUGUAAGACAGGCAGGGCAGGCACCAACAGCACCGAGGGGACUCACUGAUGUAUGUAAGGCUGACGAUGGGAUGGGAUGCUCCUGUCUGUCCAUCUGUGUGUGCAGGCAUCCAGAAGAAGCCGGAAGAGCUGCGGGAUGGCUUCGCCGGCGCGCCUUGGUACGUCCGCACUCUCGUGGGGACGGUCAGGGGCCUGUGGGACAUGGAUGUGACGCCACUGGCUCUCCUCCGCGGUAUUGGCCCCAUCGGACCGGGGCUGCUGAGGGGGGCGUUGUCAAAGCGGAUAGGGGAGCACAUCUACCCGAACGGCGAGAUACAAGACUAUGGUGGGCACCAUAGACAGACUGGAAGGGAGAGGUGUGUUCGGUGUGGUCAGCCUGCCUGCCGUGUUGUGUCCCUUGCGACUGCAGUGUAUCACGUGAAUGCGAACGCUGCUUCAGCCGACACCGCAAUCACCACUCUGUUCGAACCCACAGUGUUUGCAAGGUGAGUGAGUGAACAUCGAGGGAGGCAUACACUCCGGACGGACCUUCUCGUACGUGUCCGCGCAUGGGCUGUCUGUCUUUGUGCAUGUGGUGUGCGUGUGGCAGAGAGCCUCUGUUUGAUCGUGUGCGUCAGCUGCCGAUGCCGACGCUCUUCCUCUACGGUGAGUGAGCCGACCGUCGUGUCCACACAAAAUACAUACAUACAUGCUGACGGCCGGUCACUCUUGUUUGUGCAUUCGUUCCACUCACUCAGGCGAGCGUGAUUGGGUGGAUGCCUCUACUGGCCAUCAGCUCAAAGCCAUGAAUCCGCAGGUAGGUCGGCAGCGCUGCGCUGCCUGCAUAUUGUGAUUGAUGUCUGUCUUUGCUUUCAGACGUUCGACGUUCAACUGCUGCCCGACUGCGCGCAUCAGAUCACGGUCGAGAACUCCCAUUCGUUCGCUGAGGCUGUUGGGGAGUUUUGCUGUCGAUAGUGGAGAAGACAUAUAUCGGGAGGCGCAGCCUCAGGGAGUGACGCUCCAUGAAUGGUUGUGCAUGACGAUGUGAAAUAGAUAGAUGUGGAUGGCGCGACCAAGUCGACGCCUCAGGGACACGUGUUACUUCCUGGGACAGCAGAUCUUGUGUGUGAGUCUCUGCCCUGUAGAUAGAUAGAUGGACUGAAUUCGCCUGUGCAGACUAUCUAGACUGAAUCCUCACAGAUAGACUGACUCUCAGAUCAUGUGUGCAGACGGACAGGG